AGUCUGUCCAGUGUUAUGAUUGUGUCCAGUGUACUGUAUGAUAGUGUACACACAUCGAUACUAUAAUCUGUAGUGUCAUUAGUAUUCACCAUCGCGCCUGCAGCUAGGAUUCGGAUUCGAUUGAAUUCAAAACGAAAAAAUGUUAAGUAAAGCGAGUGGGGUGAGUUUUGUGGCGUUUGUUUUGGUGUUGGUGGCGGAGUGUUACUAUUUGGAGGACAACAAUCCGAAGUACCUUACCGCCGCUGUGGGGGACUAUAUCAUUCUGAAUUGUGAGGUAGAUUUCCCACAGAAUUUUCCUAUACCAUAUAUGGUUCUCUGGAGAAGAGGGGGCGAAGUAAUUUAUUCGUGGGAAGACGACGUCUACACCGAAUCGGACGAAUACUUGGGUCGAAUAAGCCCACUCAAUAAACAGCCCCAUCUCUACGGAAAGGCGUCCAUCAAUUUAACAUCAAUUAGGGAAUCCGACGUCGGAUGGUUCGAGUGCAGAAUCAUCUUCCCCAACAGGAUGCCGCCCUGGAGGAACAACGGCACGUGGUACCACCUCACAGUCAGUGGUGGGAACCUCCUGGCGAUCCCUCCGAUUAACAAAACCGUCCUGGAAGGAGAGGAAGUCGAAUUUAACUGCAUCACGAAGGAUUAUAAUAUAAAAGUAGAAUGGUUCAAGGACAGUAUACCCCUAAAUGAAUAUCACGAUCUAAUGACCAGGUCUUGGAUAACCAAGGAUAAUACGCUUGUUAUCCGUCCCACUGAUUCUGGAGAUUAUGGAGAGUACGAAUGCGAAGCUUCUAACGGCGAGGGGGAAAAACAAAUGGCAAGGGCUUUUCUUAAUGUUCAGUAUAAAGCCAAAGUGAUGUAUGCACCUCCUGAAAUACAUCUGCCAUUUGGCAGACCUGCUCUUAUAGACUGCCACUUUCGGGCUAAUCCGCCUCUAACCAACUUAAGGUGGGAGAAGGAUGGUUUCCUCUUCGAUCCCUACAAUAUUCAAGGCGUCUUCUACAGACGAAACGGCAGCCUCUAUUUCAGCAAGGUCGACGAAAGCCACACCGGAACCUAUACUUGUACCCCUUACAAUGAGUUAGGAACUGCAGGUCCAUCCCCAAAUAUGCAUGUAACAGUCCAAAGGGCUCCAAUUUUUGUGCGGAUACCGCAUAACCUGUAUCUAAAGAAAUUAGGAGAAACAAUAGAGAUGCCAUGUGACGCUAGAGAUGGCGACAAUGGACACAGGCCGAUUAUCGUUUGGUACAAGAAAGACGGCAAGUCACUUCCAAUGGGUCGCUAUUCAAUUAGAGAUGGGAAUCUAACCAUAAAUGAUAUCCAAACUGAAGACAGAGGUGUAUACCAGUGCUCGGCUACAAAUAAGGCAGCCACAAUCACAGCAGAGACAGAACUUCUCGUGGAAAAUAUACCAUCCAGCGCACCGUACAACAUAACAGCUGUUUCAUCUACCACUUCUGUUCAUCUUACUUGGUUGAUAGGCAGAGAAAGAGCUAAUGUGGAUUAUAAUAUUUGGUAUAAGAAGAGAGGGCAAGAUGAGUGGAAGUCGUACCGAGUGCCUUCGACUAAGGUUUUGGAAGCUACUGUUACUAACCUUACACCAGGUAUGGAGUAUGAGUUUAUGGUGCUCUCUAAAGGUGACGACGACGAAGGUCUUUUCAGCAAGGCUAUACGGGUGUGGACCAAAAACACAGAGGGUGAAAGAGAUAGAAUCAGGAGACCCUUCACCCCCGUAGGAUACCCCACAAAUGUGACGGUACACCCCACGGAUAACGGAUUGAUGAUUUCUUGGCUACCACCUGAAUAUGGAUUGGAAUAUUUGAAGAAGUAUAUCGUAAGGUGGAGUCAGGGGCCGGAUGAGUAUAUUUUUGGAUCUGGAGAAACGAAAAAUACUUCCUAUUUAAUCACUAAUUUAUCAGAAGGCAAUGAGUACGACAUCCAAGUUAUAGCGUUAUCCUUGGACGACCAACAAGCAAUAAGCGACAAAGUCAGGGCCGUUUUCCCAGGAUUCAAGAGUAUAAGGGCCGUAUCCACGGGAAUCAUAGCGGGAUUAGCAUUUCUAGCGACCGCUUUUAUAGCCGUUUACUAUGUUAAAAAGAAGUGGUGCAGAACUUACCAGGGGAAUAGUAAGAAUUAAUGUGUGUGAAGGACCUAUCUGUUCGUAUAAUUGUAACUUUUUGAAAAUGUAUUAAAAAUUCAGUUUUAAAUUUGUUUUGUGUACAGAAUGCCGUGUAUAAAAUUAGCAGUUACUGUUAAAUAGCGUAUAUUUUUAAAAUUGAAAAUAAAUUAUUUUUAGUA